AUGUCAAAUAUUGUUGGUAUCGAGUAUAAUCGUGUUACAAAUACUACCUCAACAGAUUUCCCAGGUUAUUCUCAUAAUGAAGACUUUUCCUGGGAUGUGAACAAAUUUAGAGAUACAAUGGACGUUCAAAUUUCCCAUUUAGAUGAUAGAGAAGCGAAUUUUGAUUUAAUUCAUAUUGAUGCUUCUAUUGCGAAUGCUUUUCGUCGUAUCAUGAUCUCAGAAGUACCUUCCGUAGCUGCUGAGUAUGUUUAUUUCUUUAACAACACCUCCGUUAUCCAAGAUGAGGUGCUAGCACAUAGAAUAGGUUUAGUUCCACUAAAAGUGGAUCCGGACAUGUUAACCUGGGUUGAUAAGUCAUUACCGGAAGCUGAAAGAUUUACUGAUGAAAAUACCGUUGUUAUGUCUCUCAACGUGAAAUGCACUGCCAACCCAGAUGCUCCAAAAGGUUCCACUGAUCCAAAGGAGUUAUACAACAAUGCACACAUAUAUUCUCGUGACCUGAAGUUUGAGCCACAAGGGAAGCAACUGGAUAGCUUCGCAAAACAUCCUGUUCUACCUACGGAUCCAGAUAUUCUGUUAGCAAAGCUAAGACCAGGUCAAGAAAUUUCUCUAAGGGUGCAUUGUAUUCUAGGUGUUGGAGGUGACCAUGCCAAAUUUUCCCCGGUGUGUACUGCUUCAUACAGACUGAUGCCUCACAUCGAUAUAUUGGAAACCAUCCAAGGAGAAGAUGCAACGAAAUUUGUCAAGUGUUUUCCACCCGGUGUAGCCGCAAUUGAUGAGAAGGGAGAGGCAUAUAUAAAAGAUGCUAGGAAGGACACUGUCUCCAGAGAAGUUCUUAGACAUCCCGAGUUUGAGGGAAAGGUAAAGUUGGGAAGGGUUAAAGACCAUUUUAUAUUUAACGUGGAAAGCACCGGUGCAAUGACUCCUGAAGAGAUAUUCUUCAAGAGUGUUAGAAUACUUAAAAAUAAGGCCGAAUAUCUAAAGAACUGUCCAAUCACCCAAUAA